AUGAUAGAUCGCUGCACUUCGUGGCCAGAGGCUGUUCCAGUCGCAGAUAUUACGGCAGAGACCGUGGCUCGCGUGAUUUACGAGGGGUGGAUAGUGAGAUUUGGCUGCCCUCUGCGCAUAACAACGGAUCAAGGCCGCCAGUUCGAGUCCAGAACAUUUGAGUGUUUAACACAGCUCCUGGGGGUGCAAAGGAUCAGGACAACUGCGUACCAUCCCCAGGCGAAUUCUAAGGUCGAGCGUCUGCACAGGACCAUCAAGGCAUCCUUAAUGGCUAGGGGCUCUCGGGAUUGGGUCCGGGAGUUGCCUUCGGUGCUGAUGGGAAUAAGGAGUGCUGUUCGGGACGACACGGGGUUCAGUGCAACGGAGAUGUUGUACGGUGCGCCAGUUAAGCUUCCUGGAGAUUUUUUCACGGGCGGGGAGAGUUCAGAGACCUACGACGAGCUUGUAAGAAGGAUUCGGAGCAAUAUUUCAAUGUAUGCAGCGGUACCUACGCGCCGGUGUACUAGCCAGAAGAUUUAUGUUCAUCCUGAACUGGGGCGCUGUUCGCACGUGUUUGUGAGGUGCGAUAUUCUCCGCCCGAACUUGACUCCGCCGUACGAAGGGCCGUACCUAGUAGUGUCGAGAACAGAUAAGGUUUUCUGUAUUCAAAAAGGUGGAAAAGAAUCGUACGUGUCUAUUGAUCGUCUUAAGCCCGCAUUCUUGCUAGCCGGUCCAGAUGCUGAUCAUGCUGAUAGCGCAGACGCGCGGCAUAUCGACCAUUCUGCCGUCAAGCUCCUUCAAGCGAAGUUCUUCCUCCGACGGGAACCGAAGCCGCGAGGCCCGAGCAUUGACAGCAGUUCUGCUAAGUUUAGCAUCACUCGCCGCCACCGCCAGCGCUCGCCCCUGUCGCCAGCAGCGUUCACUCUCACCGCGACAGCCGCUCCACCACCGCCGCGCACCGACAGUAUGGGCAUCCAUAGCUCAAAGGAUCAAAUCAACUACAACAGCGACAACGGGUUGCAGCAACAGGAGAUGGACGAAAUCAAGAUUGCUACUUGA